UGAUAUUGAAAUUAUCAAAAAGCCAGAUUAAUUUUAAAAAUAAUGUAUGAAACCAGCUGAAUAUUUCUAUAAAUGUAGACAAAUUCGAAAUUUUCAAAAACAGUAUCCGAUUUGAAUUCAAACGUAAAAGUCCGAGAUUAAGAUGGCAAAGUUAUUUGUUAUUGUUCUGUGUGCAUUGUUUGCCUAUGCCAUGGCACGGCCAAGUGGUUAUGGUGGCCAUAAUGAUGGUGGUUACGGCGGUGGUCAUGGUGCUGGCGUUGGUGGUGGCCGCGGUCAUGGUGGACAUCAUGGUGGCUAUGGUGGACAAGGUGGUUAUGGUGGACAAGGUGGUUAUGGUGGACAACAUGGUGCUGGUUCCCAAGGUGGCGGUUAUGGUGGAAAAAAUGGUGCCGGUUUUGGUGGCCAACAAGGUCAUGGAGGUUAUCGCCAACACGGUUAUUAGAUAAUUACUACAUACAAACGUAUGAAUUCAAUAUGUGAUUAAGACUGGGAAUAUGAUAUAUAAUAAAACAAAAAUAGUAUUUAAAA